AUGGAUCCGAACCCAAACCCGGCUCACCCGCUCCACCAGAUUGCCUCCAACCCGACCCACAAACUCCUCCUCAAGCAGUGGCUCAAGGAACAGGACCUCAUCCUCACCCGCAUCUCCCUCCGCCAGACCCAGCUCGACUCCGCCCGUACCCACCUCGCCGCCCUCCACGCCCUCUUCUUCCUCUUCCAUUCCGCCGCCCUUCUCCUCCUCUUCUCCGCCGCCGGCGACCCAGGCCUCUGCCUCCGCUCGUGGGUCCCCUCCCUCUGCUCCCUCGCCUGCUCACUGGGCCUCAUCUGGGCCUCCCGGCACAAAUCGGGCCUCGGGAGCCGCCUGGAGAGGAUGCUGGAGAGAGAGGAGGAGGACUCGUCGCUGCUCGGGAAGUGCGUGGAGGAGCUAAGGCGGAAAGGCUCGGACUUUGAUCUGAUGAGAGAGGUCGAUGCUCUCCGGCGGGCCAAGAGCCUCCGGGUCGUCGAGAGGAGGCCCGGAAGGAAAUGGUCGGGCCGGGAUGUUGGGAGUCUGUUUCUUCUUGCGGUGUCUUGUUUGGUGUUGGGUCUGAUUAGGGUUGUGUUGUGUAGGUAG